AUGACUGCUGCAUCACUUGGGGAAGUGGCUGCAUGUCUAAUCAGAGUUCCAGUUGAGAUAAUCAAACAAAGAAGUCAAACAUUACCACAUCUGACAUCAGGCACAAUUGUCAAAAACACUUUCAAAUCUGAGGGUAUUCCAGGAUUCUACCGAGGUUAUUUAAGCACAAUAACCAGAGAGAUUCCGUUCUCUCUUAUUCAAUUUCCUCUUUGGGAAUAUUUCAAGUUUUCUUGGAGUAAAUGGGAGAAUAAAGAUGUGGAUCCUUGGCAGUCAUCAAUUUGUGGUGCUUUGGCAGGUGGGAUUGCUGCUGCUAUUACUACUCCUUUAGAUGUUGCUAAAACUAGGAUAAUGUUAGCAAAACAUGGUAGCUCCCUUGCUACUGGGCAAAUCAUAUCUGCUCUGAAAGUUAUAUACAAAGAGAAUGGUAUUUCAGGAUUGUUUGCUGGAAUUGUUCCCAGAGUUUUGUGGAUUUCCAUUGGUGGAGCAAUGUUCCUCGGAAUAUAUGACAAAGUUAAGGUAUUAGCAUCACAGUUGCUGAACAGUGAGAGGGCUGACUCUUGA